AUGUCAAAAGGUAGUCGAGAUAUUGAAUCGAAUUUGAAGAGUACAUCAGCAAUAAUACAAGCUCGAGGUGGUGGAGAUAUUGAGUCGAAUUCGAAGAGUACAACAGCAUUUGAAAAUCCACCACGUUUGCAGUUAAAAUGUUUUUUUAGCAAACAUCCAAUUCAACCACAUGAACAUUUGCCGUUUGAUAACAAGAUCUACCAUAGACAAACGGACUUGAAGGAUAGCAUACCAAGAAAUUGGUUGUCAUUUAGCCAAAAUUCUCAGUCUCUAUAUUGCUCAUUUUGUGUUGCAUUUGAAUCACCACAGUCUAACACCGUUUCAUCAUUUGUGUCUGGCUUCAAAGAUUUUAGACGAGUUAGCCAACGGGUUGCAGAACACGAAUCAAGCAGCACUCACCGCAGGCAUGUUCUUGAUUACAUUCGUAUAAUGAAUAAUCAAGACUUUGACAGAUUUUAUAGUAGAGCAAUAAAGAAAUAUAAUGAUGAACAAACAUUGCCAUUUCGAGGUCAUAGGAAUGAAGGUGCUUAUUCGUUGGACAAUGAUGAAGAAAAUCAUGGAAAUUUUUUGGCUUUGGUACAGCUCUUGGCCAAAUAUGACCCACUUUUAGCUUCUCAUCUCUCCAUGUGUCAAGAGAAAUCAACCAAAAGAAUAGAAAAACUGAAGCGUCAAGGUAAAGCCGGAAGUAAAGGUCGCGGUGCUCUGGUUACGAACAGAUUGCAAUGGAAGUAUCCAAAGCAAAAGUGUACUCCGUACAAGUUGAUUCUACACAAGAUAUAUCUGCAAUUGACCAAUUCAGCAUUGUGGUUCGCUACUGUGCAUGAACGGCUGCUUUCUAUUGUACCAAGCAAUGACGGUACUGGCCAAGGGUUGUUCGAUCUCUUAAAUUUGACGCUACAGCGGCUUGGCUUUAACUUGAAAUACUGCCUAUCGGACAGCACUGAUGGUGCUUCAAGUUAUCAUGGCCAGUACAAUGGACUGCAACAAAAGAUUACAGAAGCUGCAGACCACCAUGUACAUAUUUGGUGUUAUGCUCAUGUUCUCAACUUAGUUGUGAAGGAGGCAAUCAGUUGCUGCAUUCAGGCAGUUUCAUUUUUUACCCUUUUGCAAAAUGUUUCAACAUUCAUAAAAGUGUCAUAUAAGCGAAUGGCAACAUGGAAUAAACUUGUUGAAACACAAAUUGGAAUGGAUAAGAUGAAAAGAUUGAAAUUGAUUGAUGAAACAAGGUGGUCGGGUAAAUCAAAUGCUGCAACAGCGAUAUUUGGAACAUUUGCUGAGCCAUCUUCAACAGUGUUUGUCAAUUUAAUUUUAUGUCUGUCAUGUAUAAGCGAAUCAGAAAAUUUUGAUACAAAGAUACGUCAUGAAGCUAAGACAUUGCUCAUGCCAUUCCUGAAAUUUGACACCAUUUUGACUGCCUUUACCUACCUGCGAGUUUUUGAAAAAGUGGGACCACUUUCAAUAUACCUGCAAACUCGUGGAUUAAAUGUGUUGGUUACAUUCAAGAUGGAGGAGAAGGCCGUAAUUGAAUUGAAAAGUCAAUCAAGACUUUUUGAUGAUGUUCAUAAUAACGCUCUUCAAUUUGUACGGAUGGCAAAUGCAAGCAUCAUUCAGAGAACUGAAUGA